UCAGUGACAUCAUAGAGCGUGUGUAUAAAACUUGGCGUGCUCGUCAUCCUGCGCGCACACAAUCCUCAGCGGAAACUCGACCCUGCACAAGCCAAAAGAACAAAACAGACAUGAAGUGUUGGUCCUUCCUCCUUUCCUCGCUCCUGCUGUCGGUCCUCCUGCCUCCGCCUCCUGCUCGCUCCGCCGCCACCCAGACGCUCCUCAGGGCGGCCACCGGCGGAGAAGUCACCGCUGCACGUCUUCUGGGCUUUGGCGUCCCCCGCCUCUUCCUCAGAGGCGUUCCGAAGGAGGAGGAAGAGGAGAAUGAUGAGGAGGAGAUGGAAACCGAUGAGGAGCGGACCAAGUUCAAGACGCGCAGGGAGUAUGCGCCGCUCUCCAUCGACCUGACCUUUCACCUCCUGAGAAGCAUGAUCCACAACGCCCGCAUGGAGGAGAAGCAGGUCCGCGCCCAGGUCAACCAGAAAUUGCUCGACGAGGUCGGGAAGUAAAGAGUCCAAUCAAAUGGCGGCCGCUCAUGUGACCUCUCUUGCGCUUUCAACCAAUCUCUAGUAAAACUAGCAAAAUAAUAGCGACAUUGUAUUCGGGGAAGAAUGAAGAGACGGGACCUCGACGGUGUGUGUUUGAUGACGAAUGAUGUCAUUGUUAUUUUAUUCCACCUGCACUGAUUUUUCUCUGCUAUCACCAAAUGUUAAAAAAAAAAAAAUCAUUGCUGAAUGUUGUCACCUUGCCAUUUAUAUUUUGUAAUAAAACAUGAUCAAUUCUUGGCUUACUCCAACGUUUGAGAGUUUAAUAUAUUCUUUGUCAUAAAAUCAGAAAUAAAAGGUAAGGAAUUAAACAUUAUGAUGACUAUUGCAUCGCCUUCUGUGUGUGAAUGACAAAGAUUUUCACGCAUUGCACUGCAGUGAGAGAAUGCAAAAAUGAUUACAUAGUGUCAAAUAUUGUUUUUAUUGAAUUUUUUUGUGUGUGUAGGAGGAGUACGGACGCCGGAGAGUCCAAGUAGUACACGCCUCACCUUCUGCUGGGAUCACGACAUUCCAGCGGAGUUUGUCAGUCCACCUCGGAGUCGUCUUCACCUGUGAGUCGCACGCACACACACAUGAAUGAAUGCCAGCUGACUUAUAUGCGGCAAUAUCAGAUGGAGGGUAUACAAACCGCGUGGGAAGUGGAUGUCGUUCAGCACUUCGGCGAUGUCAUCCACGUCGAUGACAAAAUGGCUCAUGUUGUCGAAGGACAACUGGACGUUGGCAUUCUGACAACACACAUACACAAAAAUAAAUGCACACACUGUAGGACAUGACGCACAUCACAACUACUCAAUCAACUUACUUGUCCAGUAUGACAGUGACAUUCUGUGAGAAAGACAGAAAUUAAAAUCACGAGGACAAAAGUAUGUUUGUGUCAUAACAUUGUAGUUUAAUGAUCACUUUUUCUUUAAAUACAGUACUUUGUUUCAGGCUUUUUUGAUUUUUUUUUUUAUGUUAUAAAACAAUGUUUUUUUUUCAGCUUAAAAAAAAAAAAAAAAUUCAGGUUAAAAAAAAAAAGAAAAGCUGACAUUUAUAACUAAUUUUGUCAUCAAAAUAAGUCUAAGAAAAUUCUUAAAAUGCCAUCCAAUAUACUUGGCUUAUACUGUCCCCUGCAAAAUGACUUAAAGGCAAUGUCAGAAAAGUUCCAGGGACUGCUGUCACAAAAUCUAUUUCAAAUAUGAAAAGCUGUCGUGCGUCUUUGAAUGAUGCGGUGACCCAUGUCCCGGUACAUUUCCGCCACACCUCGUAUUUGUUUGCAUCGCUCAAGUUUCAAGUCAUUGCAAGAUGUUGCUCGUGAGGGUCCAGCCUCAACAAUGUCAUAUUGCUCAUCCAACGGUGUAAACAGAAAAGGCUCAUGUUUAAGGCUUUUCUAUUCAUGUCCGCCUUUAUAAAAGUAACAACGAAAGGCUUGUGGUAUUAAAGUGGAUAGGACUACAUGUUUCUGUAUAUAUCGGAAUGCAUCUAGAAGUAUAUCAUGUG